AUGAGCAAUGCGACCGGCGUCAAGGAAAAUGCUAGGCAGCAAAAUAAGCUCACUGCUUGUUUUGACGAAAUCAUGAAAUUGUCAGCAGAAAUGCUGGUUCAACAGCAGAUGAAGACUAUACAGCUGAGCUCUGAUAUGAUAAAGGGGUUUUCUCAUAACCAACAGAAACUCUUAGGCGAGAAGAUACAUAUGUUUCACACUAUUCUCGAUGACGUUGAUCUUACGUUAAGUUCUAGUCAAGACUUUGUGAAUAGAAUUGCAGGCGAAGCGGUCAAGAAGAAGCAAGAUAAAAUCAAGGAAGAAGAACGACUGAGAUUGAAGGAUGAAGAAGAAGCCCGAAAACGUGAGGAGAUGAACAAAAAAGUAACGAACACAGUGCACUCUGAUAUGGGUGGACCAGCUGCGGGAGAAAACUUGACAUUUGGGGAAGAACCCGACGCGAAGAACGGUUCCAGUAUGCCAUCCAAUUUCGGUGAUCUAAACGAUUUUGGACUCUCAAUGUUUGGCGGAAUAGAAUCCAAUGAUUUGCUUGCAGAAUUCAACACCAACACCAACGCAGGUCUCCCGGCAGGCAAUAAUGAGGAAGAUAAUAAGCCAAAUAUGAUCGCUAUGAAUCAAGCCGAAAACAAAAACGAGGUUAACUCUAAUAAUCAAAACAUGGACAACAAUCCAGAUAGCUAUUUGACAUUAAAUGAUUUCAAUGAUUUAGGCUUGGAUUGGAAUGGUGGGGAUGGUCAGAAUGAGUUGGACAUGAACGAGUUCAACAUAUGA